CUUUUUACAUGGGUUAUUGAAGAAACCCAACGUCAGAGCAACAUGAAGGUAAACAAUUUACGUUAUUACUUUGUUAAAGCAUUAAGAUUAGUGAUAAUAUACAUUUUUAUUAAAAGAACACAUUCUGAUGAUUAUUUACACUUAAAAUUAUGAAUCGGAUGGUAGUUUUAUUACACAUUGCACCCAGAUUGCUGUUCGAUUCCCCUGGUAUCGGAAACAGAUUCCUUAUAUACUUUUACUAUUUUCACCACAAUAAUUAGUACUUUGUUAGCUUAAUUCGUUUAAAGGUAUAUAAAUUGGUACUUAUAAUAAAUAAAUGAAGGGACUGCUCAUACCUCGUUUCACCAUUUCAUACUUAUAAUAACAAACAAUGUUUAAAAUAUUAUUUUUGCGGCGCCUUUUUUAUCUUGUUAAAUUAUUUAAGUCACUAAGAAAUGACAACACCAAGAUGAGCAAGAAAUGUGAGAUGCCUACUUAACUUAUUAGCUGGUGCUAAGACCAGCCAGUCAAUCUUGAGGCUCUUAUUAAUGGGUAUUAGGCUGAUACAGACCUGUUUACUCUUACAAUUUUGGCGUACAAUGUACGAUUUUGAGGUGUAUACAUUAUAUAUACUGAAUGUUUUAUGUUUUUUCUUUCUAUUAAGAAAAUGUAUUGAACGAUUUUGUAAUGAUAUUGUACGAUUUUAAGAGUUUGAGGGUAAACAGGUCUGCUGAUGGAUGAGCCUUUUGUCUUUUUCGCAGUUCAACUCUGGGCAGAUAGAUCAGCCCAGCUGCCUCAAGAGUGUUAAUUUUGCCUUCUGUUGUAUAUAGUAAUGCUUCGCCCCCAAGUAUUAUGUUACAGCUUACCACAAGCAUUUUGUAAGAGAAGUACACUUAAUGCACAAUCAUUAAUAAAGAGUUCUACUAAUUUCAGCUCAACAUCAGUUUUCCAGCUACUGGUUGUCAAAAGUUGAUCGAAGUUGAUGAUGAGAGGAAACUACGCCCAUUUUAUGACAAACGCAUUUCUGCAGAAGUUUCAGCUGACUGCUUAGGAGAUGAGUGGAAAGUUAGUGCUUUACUUCCAAGCUUUUUAUUCUAAAGUUUAACUGUGAUAGAUUUAAGAACACAUUUGAAGACCUCAGCGGAAAAACCAGACAUGUCAAAAAAAAUUCAUUUUUGAGUUAUCCCCCUUAACCGAUUCAGCUCAUAAUAAAGCUUCAGAUGACACUGAAAACUACUGCAAAAAUCACCUCGUUUACGAGUAAUCGGGGAUUUAAUAUAGUGCAUACUUUGGAAGAACCAGACAUGUCCAGUAAAAAUGUAGAAGAAAAAAAUCAAAGUAACCUCCCUUAGUAUCAGGUGAUGUGCUUAACCAAUGGCAAGUAAGGAAAACAUAAAUAAAGAAUGUAGGUCAACUGUCCGACGUGGAAAUUACACCAUACAUUAACUGCUACUAUUACUAUUGUUAUCUAAUAUAAUCUUAAAGAGAAAAAAAAACCUGGAGAAUGAAAAAGAGCUUUAGGAAGCAAAGUUUUCUAGUCAUAUACAUUGGGUAAAGAUAGUCACCGUGCAAGGUUUAUGUGAUUAGAAUCAAAAUGAUGGCCGUUUAGGCUUAGGAUUAAGUUUAAUCGUUAGUCUACUUUGCCGGUGUAUUAUCAGUGUUGUAUUUCUUAGAGUAAGCUCAGCAUGACUUAUUGUGUUACGAAGUUACAUCUCUGUUAAACAUUGCCUCUAAUAAAUCAUGAUUGUCCAAUAAAGGCAAAAAAAGAAAGCAGAAAACAAAAAGUAUGCUCGUCUCCUGCUUCAUGCAUCGUUUUAAUCAGACCACUGACGGCAGACAGCAGUGAUGAGAACAAUACAAUGGUUUACAAUGUAUUUUGUGCUAUUGCAUGUGAUCCUUCCCGAUUAAAAGCUGUUAAACGUACUAUAACUACCCGGUAUCUUUAUCUUUUCAUUGUUAUUGAAAAUGCAGGCCAUAAUCUCUUUAUUUUAUUUGAAUGAAAAUCACUACCCUUACAGUCAACUGAGCGAUGACUGAUGCUAGUGCUAGUGUGUAUAAAAAUAGCAUAAAACAAGCACAUUCCAAUUUCAUCAACUUCAAUAGGAGUUCAGGGUCAUGUGUUACACAUAAUUUUUAACAAACUGACUGAAUGGUAAUGACAUUGUGAAAGUAAAAAUUUGAUAUAACUUAUUAAAUUAUUAUUGACUCAUUACACCAACAGUACAAGAUAUUAGUGGCGUGUACACUGAACACUGCUUGGCUUUAGAUUUUUUUUGGUAAAAAUUAUAACUUUUAAUUAUUAAUUUUUGUAAAAUAACAGGGGUUUUCAGGCCUCAAUUGGUUUUAUUAUUAAAAGUGGUCACUUAAGUUGACUUUGUGAUGAAGUAGAUAAGUAAUGGCCUAUUAAAAGCCAUAAAAUAUGGUUUAAAAAAAGUUUUCCAUUUUCAGUGGAAAAAGCAGAGAAGUCACAAUUUUGGGUCAGCCCGGUAAAAAGCUGUAAAAAUGUAGUAAAUUGUCACUUAAUAACUGAUAUAUUUUGAAAGUAAAAUGGUAUCACUAACUACAAACAAAAUUAUAGCAUUUUAUUUUAACGUGAAAAUAUUAGAUACUUUCAAACUUUAAAAUCCACUUUUCUCAAAAUCUUCAAAAUGUGACCUGUCUGGUUUUUCAGCUGAGGUCUUCAUUUAUCAUCUUAGCAACUAACAGGCCUAAUAAUACUAAUAUGCAUCAAUUUUAAUUUUUGAGGAUCACGUUUGUGAUGCAAAUGCCUAUUAUGUCCAACAUUUCACUGUUUUUAAAUUAAAUAGUUUAUUCUGUUCUUAAAACCUUGCAGGGCUAGCUUUAAAACAUUAACAUAUAUUUUGUAUUUUAAAAUUGAAAUUAGUCACUUGAGCUGUGAUCCAUACAGUUUUCAAACAUUUUAUAAGGGUAGGCCUAUCUAUAAUUACAUUUACUACUCACAUUUUCAAUCUCAUAUUAUUUAAAAACAUUUUCAUUAAGCUCAAUAUUGUCACACUUUUGAGUUUGACAUGUUAAAUUAGACCUAAUUAAAUAGCUCAAGUACUUACAUUUUUUUUAAAAUCUAGGGCUACAUGGUGCGCAUUAGUGGUGGAAAUGACAAACAAGGUUUCCCUAUGAAGCAAGGUGUGCUUACUACAGGACGUGUGAGACUCCUACUUAGCAAGGGCCACUCUUGCUAUCGUCCACGACGCACUGGAGAGCGUAAACGCAAAUCUGUUCGUGGUUGCAUUGUUGAUGGCAAUCUUAGUGUGCUUGCACUUGUCAUCAUCAAGAAAGGUAAUUUGAUUUAACCCCAUAAAUAAAUUCAUUAAUAAAAGAUGCCUUAUGAGAAACCUUGUAGACUGCAUUACAUAUAGCAUUUCUUCAUUUUACACUUUAUGGUACAUCACAUUGGUGUUCCAUAGGUUAUUAGGUACAUGUGCACCAAGGAAUUUAAUAGCUUGGAAGCAAAAAUUUGAGUGUUAAUUAGAUUUAGACUAAAGCUAUUGUUUACUUACAUAGAAAAUACAAAUGUUUCUUCUGUGUAGAAUAGAGAACAUUAGUUUUUAUAUAUUAUUGUAUGUACCGGUACUCUGUUGCACCUGUUGAGUUACACAAUCGUUUUAAAUGUAAUUAUAGCUAUUUGUUAAACGGGUAUCUCAAAAUUGUUACCAUAACAAUUUGAAAACUGAAAUGCUAUCGUCCUGAUCUAUGUAUUUUAAUAUUAUAAUUUUUAAAUAUAAGAGAAAAUGAUACUCUAACUUUUAGUUAAAAUUGAUUUAAAUUGCGACCUAUUUACCUGUGUAUUUACAAUGUACUUUGCCAGAAAUUGUUAAUCUUGUCUGAUUGCCAUAGAACAGGCCUGCACAACAUGCUGCCGCCAGUGCCCAUUUUGCAGCCCGAGAAGUUACGAAAUAUUCUUUAUUAUGAUUAUUUUUUAAGGGCUUUCCCCCCCUGUCCUAUUAUCUUUUGGUCCACACAAGUUUUCUUCCAGUAUUACAGCCCACCUUACAUUUUGAGUUUAUCAGGCUUGCCAUAGAAGAUAACACCAUGUUAAACGGCUAGCAAUAGGCUUUCCAAAGGUUCAUCUUUCUAUAGUGUUAUGCCCCUUACACAAACUAUCAACAUUCAUAUCUAGUCUCCAUUUGGGCAUGUGCUCUUCUGCCUGCUGCACCUGAGAAGAAUUUACACACUCUCUGGAGCUAUUCUUUGUUGGCAUAUUGGACUUUUGUGUAGUCUAUAUGUCUUUGGUAGGUAGUUAACUGUUUAACUACCAUGAGCUGGUGGGACCAGCUCAGCGUGGGACCAGCUCAGCGUUCCUUCCAUUAUGGCCUUGAGGCGCUGGUAGCGCCAAAGUUUGUAUCAUAUUAAAUGUGACAGAUUUUAUUCGGCCACAGCUGGUAGUUAAUCAGUUAUGGCACAAGUCCUAAAGUGCAGGAAAUUGGAAGAGUUGAUUUGUUGUUGUCUCAUUAGGAUGUCUGCUGUUAAUGAAUGUUGGUGUUUCAAAUGGUUUUAUUUGGUUACGGUGGGAAUACAGUUGUAUGUCUUCAAUUUCAGAGGCCACAUCUAGUAUUGCUUUAUCUGUUGAAUUCUAUGGUUUGUUAUCCAUUUGUCUAUUUGGAUGUUGCUUGUCUAGUCUUCUGUACCUUUCAACCAUCUCGAUAACUGCUGCCUCUCUCUUCCGAGAUAUAGACAAUCAUUCAUACACCUUGCUAUGAAUACCUUCCAGAGUAACCCUCCGCCAGACUCUAUCAUAGACCUAUUGGGGGUCUAAAAAUACUUCUUUAAUGGGAUUUUUUUUUUUUUGGUUGUGUUUGAAACCAAUCAUGGUCUUUUGGCUCAGUGCGCGGUGAAGUACCUAUUUGUAUGAAGUAUGUUAAUACUCUGUGUCUUUAACAAUUCUUCAAAAACCUCAAGAACAAAAAAUUGCUUCCUUGAAAUAGGAUGGAUGGAAACACUUCAUAUAUUUAUAUCUCAUUAGUAAUUUGACAUUCAGUUUUGCUGGAUUGAUUGAUCCUGUCACCUGGAAUAGUUGUUUUGACUUAAAGUUUCAGCACCUUGAAACAUUUAUAUUGAAGAGCUAAUAAAUUACACAUUCUGCCCGAGGACAAAUCCAAAAUUAAACUUCAUGUAUCAGUCUGAGCAUUUGAACACCCCUGCUUACUAAAAGUUAUAUUAUUGACUUAAAAAUUACAUAAAUUGACAUAGACCAAUUGGGGUUUUCCAUUUCAAGGACUUUUUUGCUCAGAAAUAGGUGGUGAACCGUUCAGAAAUAGGCGGUGAACCGGAAACUAUUUGCUAAAUGUCAAGAGUUUGACGCACAUCACUCAUUAGACAAUCUUUUUUUCAUGUGGUGUGACAGGUGAACAGGAUAUUCCAGGCCUAACCGAUAAGACCAUUCCUCGUCGUCUUGGUCCCAAGAGAGCCAGUAAGAUCAGGAAAUUGUUUAACCUGGCUAAAGAAGAUGAUGUCAGACAGUAUGUUGUUAGAAGACCACUGCCAGAGAGGGAUGGUAAGUGUUUUUAAACUAGUCUGACUUUUUCAUUGUAACCAAUGCUAUGUUUAUUCUCAUUAGUUGCCUCUUUUCAUCUUAAGGACAUCUGUCUAACUCCCAGUAUGAUUUGGUACUUAACUCAUUCCAGACGGUUGCGACUAAAUGCGUCCUCGGGGGGGUUCCUACUGAUGCGCCCAAAUGCGUCCCGGCGCAUAGCGACACACCUCUCUUAUUUUUAGUUAAAAAUAGCAAUGAAAUCUCGCACCCCUCGAGACUUCCGGCUAUGGCGUGAUUUCAAUUUAGAAACCGGAAGUUUUUAUCUUGUUUCACUUUUAAACUACAUGUGCUUUAGUACUGCGCAUCUAUAUGUACCACGUGUUCGUCCGAGGUGCCGAAAAUCGAUUUUUUGGCCAUUGUUCGUUAUUUGUCCCCCGCUAAUGUUAUAUUUAUAUUAAACCUUAUUCAUUUUUUGUUGCAUUUGUUCUUAAUUCAUUAACAUUAAAUAAUAUUUAGCAACUUAAAAAAAUAUUUUUAAAAUAUAAAUCAAUUUCAAAACUGAGUUGCUUCCCUUUUCUCAGGAAAAUAAAUUAAGUCCGGAAGCAGCGCUGCCGGAGGGAAUGAGUUAAUAGAAUAAUGAACUACUGUGAUUAUUUUUUUAACCGAGGGUUAAACGGCUUGCGUAUGCUACUCACUCGUUGGUAUUAUAGACUGAGUCAAAUACAUAUUCCAGGUCAUUAUGGUUAAUUUGUUGUUUUUUCUCCAUAUGCCAGUAAAUCUUGCUAAAUUUGUUUCCCUUGAAAUUUUAUUUAUUGAACAUUAUUCAUGCUGUAUUUCUCAAGUGUACUUUAUUCUUGAAUAUAACAGGUAAAAAGGCAAAGAGCAAAGCACCCAAAAUUCAGCGUCUUGUUACCCCUGUGGUUCUUCAGCGCAAACGAUUCCGUCUUGCACUUAAAAAGAAGAGAGUUCUCAGAAAGAGGGAGGAACAGGCAGAUUAUACCAAAUUGUUGGCUCAGAGAAUGAAGGAAGCUAAAGAACGUAAAGCUGAAAGAAAGAGGUCAAACUCAAGGAGUAAGGGAGACUCAAUCAGAGAGUCUGUAUCCAAGAGUACACCUGCUGCACCUACAACAGCCAAAGCUGCUCCUACUGCUGCCAAAGCUGCACCUACAGCAGCCAAAGCUGCACCUACUACAGGCAAAGCUGCACCUGCUGGGGGCAAAGCAACUGGGGGGAAAGCUGCAACUACUGGGGGCAAAUCUGCAGCCAAAUAAAACAAUCUGUAGUACUUGAUUUAUGGACUAUUAAAAAAUUCUAAAUACUUUGGUUCUUGCUGUUUGUUUUGAUUGGUCUGUUUUACAUUUGUAGGACACUGGCAUUGUUGUCAUCCCUUUACUCUAUCUCUCACCUUGCCUAUCAUUUGAUAAAGUCCAAUAUGCUUACAUUAGGCCUACUUUGCGCAGCUAAGUAACAAAAAAAAUAAUUUUUAAAAAUGUGGGUGGGGGGCUAUUUUCUUUUGACCCGCACAGGUUUUUCUUGAAGUAUUACAGUCCACCUUACAUUUUGAGUUGCACAGGCCUGGCUUACAUAUUGCUACCUGUAGUGAAGAUUACAUCUACGGGUGGGUGGUGGUGAAGUAGGGGUAGUAUUUAGUAAGCAGUACUGUGCCCUGUACAGAAAUGGAGAGGGCUAUGUGGGGAACCCUGACAAAUGCUGACCUAGAUCCUAGAUGUUCAUGUUGUACAUUGUAUUGCAGAGCAUAGGUUGGACACAACUGUAAAUUACUG